GUUUACCUGAUAGGUGAAUGUCGUUUAUUUACAGAAACUUGACGCAAAGUCAAAGAUGUCGUCAGUGGAGGAGAAUCGUGAGGGUAGGGUGGCGCUGGCCGUAGCCUUUCGGACCUUGGAGAAGCUGGGGCUACAUGAGGGCGUGGACAACCACCUGUCCCUGAUGGUCCCGGCAGCGCGUGGGGUGGGGCAGGUUAUGCUGAUAAACCCGUAUGGACUUCACUGGAGCGAGAUCACUGCUUCGAGUCUGGUCGGGGUGAACAAAGAGGGCAAGGUUGUCGAAGGUGAAGGUCAACCGGAUAAAGCCGCCACUGCUGUUCAUCUGGGCUUACGCCAAGUUCGCCCAGAUACACCGUGUAUUAUGCACACGCACAUGCCAUAUGCCACAGCACUAGGGAUGCUGGAAGAUCCGCGCAUAAAACUGUACCAUCAGAAUGCAAGUCGGUUGUACGGCAUAGUCGCCUAUGACGCCGAUUACCAAGGCAUCCCCUCUGCCACUGAAGAAGGUCGCCGCUUGGGGGAGCUGCUGGGUGACAAUGAGGUCAUGAUAAUGCAGAACCACGGGGCCCUCACGAUCGGGAACACGGUGGCCAUGGCAUUUGACCUCAUGUACUCUCUGGAGAGGGCCUGUAUGUUUCAGGUGAUUUUAGCGUAUUCGACUGGCAGACCGCUGCGAGAGUUUCCCGAGAGCGUAGCAAAACAGAGACGCGAAAACUUCCCCCCAGAACUUGACAGUUUUUACGCGGACAUCCAUUUUAAGGCCAUGAAGAGGAAAGUCAUUCGUGAGACUCCGGACGUUUUAAAGUGACGUCAUAGCCAAAGGUUCAGAUAAUUUUUACAAGGACAAAGUCAUAUCCUCUGGCUAUGAAAUAAUAAUUCAUUUGGAAUGAUAUCUCACAGAUUACAGCAACUUGAAACGAUGUUUUCAGAAAAGUUUGUUAGCUUAUAUACUAAUUGUUAAACUAAGAAUUAUAAUUUGCAGUGAACUAAAUCUUUUCGUGUUUUUAAAAUGACCACAAGUAAUUGAUUGCUAUAGUAAGUGUGAUAUAUUCUGAUACUCUGCAAUGUUAAAUAUUUGACCGUGUAUACAUUAAUAUUUUUCGAUUGGACUUCGUACUGAUAUAUGUGGUGCUAAUAAUUGCUUCGAUU